GGCAGUAUUAUGUUGGCAUCUACGUUGAGAGCCCAUUGUGGCGACAUUAUAUUUCAUUUGCUAAUGAAAGACUCAUAUAAAAUUUUGAGAAUGCCGUGUGAGGUUGUGUAGAUCAGAGAAGCCUAUGAUUCGUUCUGGCCUCGGUUUCACAGCGUUUUAUUCUCAGAGACACUGGAAGCGCGUUUGUAAUAGUGAAACCACAAAAAAUGUUUCAAUGACCUAUUUUUUGGGAAUAAGAUUGUUCUCUUUGUUGGGCAGAAGUCGCCUUGAUGAAGCCCCAAAUAGGAGAUUGCUAUGUAGUUCCUUAGUUAGUGAAAGAGAGAAUCAACUUCCAGAGUAUAUCAGAAAUAUCAAGUAUUGCAGUCGCUGCGGUUCCAAAGCGGAGUGGAAGAUUCCGACAGGAGACAAUCGAGUUCGCGCUGUUUGUUCCCGUUGCCACACAGUCUUCUAUGUGAAUCCUAAAGUUGUCGUUGGUGCAGUUUGUGUUUUGGAGGACAAGGCAUCUGUCAUUUUAUGUAAACGAGGUAUUCCACCUUCCUAUGGUAAGUGGACUAUUCCAGCAGGUUUUAUGGAAAUGGAAGAAAGUAGCUUUCAGGGUGCAAGAAGGGAGACAUUGGAAGAAACUGGAUUGAAAAUACAAAAAGGCCAACUUUUGGGUGUCUACAAUCUAGUAUCGGCAGGACAAGUUCACUUAAUUUUUAGGUCUGAACUGUCAGAACUGGAAGAGUUUGCUCCUAACAAUGAAACCCUUGAAGUGGAACUUUUUCCAUGGGAAAAGAUACCUUGGGAUAACUUAGCGUUUGCCACAACCAAAUGGGCGUUGACAUAUGCCAGAGACACUCGCUUUGAGGAAAUUGUCGUUCCUCAGGUGAUUACGAAGAACUGAAACUGUAAUGGCGCAUCGGAAGGACUAUUUGCUUAUCAAAGUGAGGUAUAAUUUUAGAGAUGAGCAGUCUUGAACUCAAGUAAAUUGUUGAAGUGAGAA